GCUUCCAGUGGAGAUCGCGACUCGCGGUUCAGUCGCUCGCUAGCUACGAGAUUGGGUAGAUUAAUUUUAUUGUGUAUGAUCACUUUCAGACAUUCGCGAGACAAAUCAAAUUGUGUCCAAGGUGAAAAGAGACCUGUUUUGUGUUUCACAUCCUUCUCGAAUUUGUCUAAUUGCUCCCUUAUAAACUUCCGAUAACCUUAAGAAGACUCGGUGAGUAAGAGACGAACAAGAGUGUGAGAGGGAGGGAGAGUGAUUCGAGUGUGCCGACUGUGAUACACUUAGCCGCGUAGAUAGGCGCUCUGUGAUAUACGCGUACACACAUGGAUAUUUCGAUACCUCUAGACUUUUCUCGUACGGACACGAAAAGCUGUUAAUAGAGAUAUUCGAUUUUUAAUAUUGUUAAUUACGGAUCCUACUUAUGUGCAAAGAUAAAUGGAAAAUUCGAAGAUAUUGAAUAUGGAUAUAUAAAUAAAUACGUAUAAGAUAGUGCAAACGAAAAAAGACGGAGAUAAGAAGGACGCGGAGAGGGACGGAGAGAGAUAGAGAAGAGUAGCGGAAGAAAAGAUACACGUGCGCGUGGUCGGUGUCUCGAGGAUACCUGUGGAUGCCAGACUGGAGUUGCGACGUAUUAGGGCGCGGAUUUCUGUCCGAUGACCGCCGAGGAGAUUCAUUUCAAUUCACUAACCGAUCUCCAGCAUUGAUAUUACGCCGCAUUAGACGGUUUAUCAGCUAAGCUACAACCGAGAGAAGAAAGGGUAGAAAGCAUACGCACAGAACGUGUUAUGAAAUUGUUGCCGUCGAUUCAGCUGCCGCAAUUACCGCCGGUUUCGGCCGGGGGUGGAAUGACGGGAAUGGACUCUCGGCUACCACCCGGUAUAUCUUUACCUUUUAGUCCUACUGAGCUACUCUGGCGAUACGGUCCCGCUAUGAAUUUUCCACCGACUCACCCGCCACCAAGUCCCUUUCUCGAUUUCAAGACGCACCUACCGGCAAGUUUGGCUUCAGACCCACGACUGUGGUCUCGCGAGGAUGUGACGACGUUUCUUCGAUGGGCCGAACGGGAGUUCGAUCUACCCCAAUUCGAUAUGGACAUGUUCCAAAUGAAUGGUAAGGCGCUCUGCUUGCUGACAAAAGCGGAUUUGGGAGAAAGAUGCCCUGGCGCUGGUGACGUGUUGCACAAUGUGCUCUCGAUGCUGGCCAGAGACUUUAACCAGCUUCAGAGGUGUCUUCCCAGUAGUCCGGUCACCCCCACAAGACCCUCCGCGUACCCUCUCAGUCCUCAUUCGCAUCCACCAACCCCAACAUGGACGGAGAACCCAUACACCGCGAAUCUUGCAUCGUUAAUGUCCGCGAAUUCAGUCACGCUGUCUCCGGCACCCUCGGUCGACAGUCAAGCAGGAUCUCCAGGACAUACGGAAGGUGCACAGAGCCAGGUUUACAAGAGCGAUUCGGACGAGGAUAAUCAACAAGGAACUACUGGAAGUCCCCCAGCCACGCCCACUGCUCUUGCAGCACAAAGGUUAAGCGAAGUUUGCGUCAAGGAUCAACCGAGUCCUACGUUAACGCAACCGAUGAUGCCUCUGACGCCCGGUGCCUUCAGAACGAACCCUGCCAACGCCGCGAGAGAAUUUUUCCCGAGUGAUUCCCCAGAACCUAAUACAAAUGGUAGACUUUUAUGGGAUUUUCUUCAACAACUUCUAAAUGACCCCUCACAACGAUAUACACAUUACAUCGCAUGGAAAAGUCGGGAAACGGGAGUAUUCAAAAUCGUUGAUCCUCCUGGACUUGCAAGGCUCUGGGGCAUUCAAAAGAAUCAUCUUUCAAUGAAUUACGAUAAAAUGAGCAGAGCUCUUCGAUAUUAUUAUCGAGUGAAUAUUUUGCGAAAAGUCCAAGGAGAACGACACUGUUACCAAUUUCUGCGAAACCCAACCGAACUGAAGAACAUAAAGAACAUAUCUCAGCUGCGUCAGCAAAUGCGGAUAAAGUCAGAACCGGAAGAAGACGGCGGAAGUGGCGUCGAGCCGGAAAUCGAUAUGCCAACAGACCUCUCGAUGUCUAGUAUGAGUCAGCCAUCCAGCGAGCAACAACAGCAACAACCUUUAUCUCUUCUUGAUCCACCUGUAAAAUAUAGAAGUCAUGCGUACAAUCUCGUAAAAACCAAUCAAGAAUCGGAAGAGCAAAAGUGACGUGAAACGUAGCACUAAUGUGACUGUCCGUUUUAAAAGCUGACAAGAUUAACAUAUUUUGUGUUAUGCACAUACUCGUUAUUUGAUUCGAAACAGUCAGUUUCGAAAUAAUGCGAAGAGAUUUACUUUUAACUAUGUCAAGUAUAUUGACAAAAUUGUUGACAGAAUGUUCGUUUUCGGAAUAAUACAUUUCUAGAGAUAUUUGCUGCCGUUUAAGAAUCACUAGAUCAUCAAUGCCACUAUUCAAAUAAUAAAGCUUGCGAGAAAAUUGUUAGGUUAUAAAUUAGCAACUAUGGUAUCAUCAACGUGUCUCCAAAACUAAUAUAUGAUAAAAGACUGACAAAUAAAAUAUUGUGCGAGUUAUGUAUCAAAAUAUACAAGCUAUGAAGAAAAUUUUGAAAGCAACAUUGUGUAAUGUCGAUGAUAAGUUGACUUACCUUGAAUUAAAAUCUAAUUAUUAGUACUACAUUAUAAUGCUUACCUGGUUCAUGGUUUGUCAACUUUAUUUCGAUAUUCGACCGCAAUUUCGAAAACGUCCAACGAUUUUAAAUCGGCCCGAAGAUCGAGCAAUCAACGGUUCAUCGAUUUCCACGCGUUUUAAAUAGAUAAUUGGCUGUUCAGAAUCUUGUUAAAGAGUGUCAGGAGCCAAUUGUGCUACAAUUGUGGAGGACGCUUCGAUGAAGCUGAACUUUCGCGGAUAUUCCGCCGUUUGUUUUCCAUCCUUCGUGUUAACACACAUACGCGAGUGUGAAACGUUUCUCGCUUCUACAACGAACUACUUUAGAAAUGCUUAUAGAGCGUUAUCGACGAAUGUACAAAACGGUGUUCGGGAAACGAUCGAGAUAUUUUAUUCCAAAGUUAUUCUGUGAUGUAAACUUUAGCUUGAAAGUAAAUUUCUCGGAGUAACAUAUACUUAGUUGUAACUAGAGAUUGAAUUUAUCGAACAUUUUUUUAUUUGAACAAAAGAACUUGUUAUGAAAGAUUUUUAUGUAAGAUUAACAAUUAUGUAAUAUAUAGUUCAAUCCUUUAAAGAGGAUAUGCGAUCCAUUUUGUAAAUAGUUAAAUUCGAUGAAAUUUCAAAGUUGGUUUCCCGUUGCACCGACUCAAUUGUGCCAAUCUAAUCGUCGGUAAUAUAUAUAUAUAUAUACGUGUUUAAUUUAGCGUUCUGUAUACAAAGAAACAAAGGGAAAAAACGUGUCUAUCGUUUUAAAAUAAUUGAAACGAUAUUGAGAAUCGUUUACAUCCCUAAAUCAUAGAUAUGUGUAAAUAAGUUGACGAGCUAUUAAAAAAAAGAUAUAAUGAACACAAUUAAACAAAAAAAAAAUUGCGAGAGUUUUAAGGAAUUCGGGGCCAGAGUUAUAUAUAUACAUAUAUAUAAAUAUAAAUUUAUGUAUAAAUAAAUCUCUAUAUAUAUUAUAUAUAUAUUUUUUACUACCGAAGAGAAAUUUAUAUUCGAAAUUUCUACGUUCGUUGUCGAUGCGAUUGUGGCUCACAUUCCUCGCCAACGGAUCCUAGAUUUUAAAGAAAUAAAAAAGAAGUAAAAAUAAAAUGUCACUAGGGACCGAAGGCGCGUGUAUGAUUAGAAAUUGGUCUUAAGAUCGUAUUUUUACUAAAGACUCACACACACGAGACAGAAAGUAUGAAAAAAUUCUUAUCAUGAGUGAAUCAAUGUACGUAUAUAUGUAUGAAUAUGUGAGAAUGUGUGUGUGUAAGAGUAAGAGAGAGAAAGACAAAUAGAAUCUGCGAAAAUGAAAAGUGCAUUAGCAGCAAGAGAUUUAUAAAUAAAAAAAAAGUUGUAUUUGGCUAUUUGUAUACUGUGAUCUCCGUGAAGUUUUUAUCAUAAAAAUGCAUAAAAAACAAUCGUGUACAUAAUUUUCAUGAGAGAACAAUUUAUAUUAGUGAUAAAUAUAUUAAAAUACACAUACACAAAUUGUGUUCUUAAAACAACCCAAAUUUUGAUCAUAAGAUUUGGUAUUUCUCUGUACACACUUUAAUACAUUUAACGGGUGAUUGUAUUUAAAAAUUAUUUAUUCGUAAGUAUUAGACUUGCGUAUUAAUCUAUAGAAGUUAUACACAUGUGUUACAUGAAAAAUUGAUGUUUAAAAAAAAAAUAAGCCCUACAAAACAAAAAAUGAUAUUUCAAUCUUAAUUACCAUUUUAGUUCAGAUUAUCAUAUCUAUAGAAUUUUACAUGUAUGUGUAUCAUGCAUGUAAUGUAGAAUUUUUAAAGCCAUCACAUCGUCAAUAAUUUUUUUAUUUCCUAGCAUUUACAAACUUCCUUUCCGAUUUAUCAAAAAAAAAAAAAUUAAUAUUUCAUUUUUGUUUACAAAUCCUGUAUAAACUUGUACAAUUUUAGAAAAUUAACGAAUUGUUUAUUGUAUAACUCAUUGCAAGUGGAUGAGCAAUGUGUAAAUAAAGAUUUAUUUACUUAUUAAGCUAA